CCCAAGAAACCCAAACCAACAUAAUCACAAUGAAAAUCAAACCAACCAUCUUCAUUCUUUCAUUUCUCACCAUCUUUUGCUUCAAGUUCUUGCAUGCAACUAAAACUAACCCACCAUUGUCUUUAGAUUACUACAAAUCUUCUUGCCCAAAUGCAGAAGCCAUUGUUAGGAAAGAAAUGGAGUGUGCUGUGCAGUCUGAUCUUAGAAACGCCGCUUUGAUCCUACGCUUACACUUCCAUGACUGCUUCGUACAAGGUUGUGAUGGAUCGGUGUUGCUAGACGAUACAGUCACGUUACAAGGAGAAAAGAAUGCUCCCACCAAUUUAAAUGCUUUGAAGGGUUUUGAAUUCAUUGAUAGGAUAAAGGAAAAGCUUGAAUCUGAGUGUCCCGGCAUAGUUUCAUGCGCUGAUCUUCUUACAUAUGCUGCAAGAGAUGCAACUGUGUUGGUUGGUGGACCUUAUUGGGAUGUCCCGGCUGGUAGAAAAGACUCGAAAACAGCUAGUUUUUCGCUGGUGGAAUCAAAUAUUCCUCGUCCAAACGACGGCCUUCUAUCCAUCAUAUCUAAGUUUCUGUAUCAAAGCCUCUCUGUCACUGACAUGGUUGCACUUUCUGGUGCUCACACAAUCGGAAUGGCUCGUUGUACAAACUAUCGAGCAAGAAUCUAUGGAGACUACCAAACAACCGCAACAAUGAGCAACAUCGCAGAGCCAAACCUCAAAAAUUUAAAGGCAACAUGUCCGGCUGCAGGAGGAGGAGAUAACAACGAAGCGGCAAUGGACUAUGUUUCACCUAGUCUUUUCGAUAACACAUAUUACCACAUACUUCUUAGAGGUGAAGGUCUUCUUAAUUCGGAUCAAGAACUCUAUUCCAGCGUUCUUGGAGUCCAAACAAGUAAACUUGUGAGGAAAUACGCAGAAGAUCAGAUAGCGUUUUUCGCACAGUUUUCUGAGUCUAUGGUGAAAAUGGGAAACAUUACAAAUCCUGAGACUUAUGUUGAUGGUGAAGUGAGGAAGAAUUGUAGGUUUAUGAAUACAUAAAGAUGGAUUGGUGAUUGAUUUUACAAGGUUUUAAUUUUAUUAUAUUCAUGAUCAAGAUGUAAUCUGGGCCUUAUUUAUAUUUAUAACACUAUGUUAUUGAAAUUAUUA